GGGCGGAGGCUGGCAGGGGGCGCUGGAGGCAGGAGCAGCCGGUGCGCUCCUCGCGCCCGAGGGUGCGGGAGGCUCUGAAGCCGCGGCUGCACCGCGAGCCUCCGGGGCACGGGCGGCGGCGGGGCUGGGGGUGAGGGCGCUGCCGCCUCCGGGGGCGCCGCCGGCCUCGGCCCCUUUGUUCUCGCGCGCUCCCCCUCGCCGCCCACUCCCCUGCUGUCGCGCAGCGGCGGCGGCGGCGGCUCCUCCCGCCCGAGGCUCUCGGGCUCGGCGCCGGGGGCGGGAGGGGGCGGGGGGAGCGCGCCAGCCGCCGGGAGUGGGGGGCGAUGGCGAAGCUCCGGGUGGCUUACGAGUACACCGAAGCCGAGGACAAGAGCAUCCGGCUGGGCUUGUUUCUCAUCAUCUCCGGCGUUGUGCUGCUCUUUAUCUUCGGCUUCUGCUGGCUCAGUCCCGCGCUGCAGGAUCUGCAAGCCACGGCGGCCAACUGCACGGUGCUGUCGGUGCAGCAGAUCGGCGAGGUGUUCGAGUGCACCUUCACCUGUGGCGCCGACUGCAGGGGCACCUCGCAGUACCCCUGCGUGCAGGUCUACGUGAACAACUCCGAGUCCAACUCCAGGGCACUGCUGCACAGCGAUGAGCACCAGCUCCUGACCAACCCCAAGUGCUCCUACAUCCCUCCCUGUAAGAGAGAAAAUCAGAAGAACUUGGAAAGUGUCAUGAAUUGGCAACAGUACUGGAAAGAUGAGAUUGGUUCCCAGCCAUUUACUUGCUAUUUUAAUCAAUUUCAGAGACCAGAUGACGUGCUCCUGCAUCGCACGCAUGAUGAGAUUGUCCUCCUGCAUUGCUUCCUCUGGCCUCUGGUGACAUUUGUGGUGGGCGUUCUCAUUGUGGUCCUGACCAUCUGUGCCAAGAGCCUGGCUGUCAAGGCAGAAGCCAUGAAGAAGCGCAAGUUCUCUUAGAAGGGAGUAGACUGUGGAAAGCAAAGCACAGAAGCUGAACCCAUCAGCACACAGCUGCCUGCAGAGCCAGUUUCCGGCGCAGGAGGUAGAAGGGGCUGAGAGGUCUCCGAGAGGCUCCUCCCCCAAUGGCAGCAGCUACAGGCACAACUGGAAUACCUGGAGCCUCCCAGGUUCUAUUCUGUGUUGUAGCGACGGCUAAAGGGUCAAGCUCUUAGUUGUGUGGAAUACGUUUCAGAAAAUCUGAUAAAAUGUUAACAUUUUUUUUUUGGAAAGUAACAGUGUAUAAUUGUACAGUGUAGUAUACAAAUCAUUAUGAUUUAUGGUAUUUAAAAAUAUUAAAAGAGAGUGGUCUGUGUUCUUUUCUAUGUUCUUUUUUAUCCCUAAAACACCAGGGUU